AUGGCCCGACAUCAAACUUUCAAAGCAGCCAUCGUUUCUCUAUUGAGAUACGCAAAGACAGCUGAUUAUUCGUCCAUCUUCGGCGCCCUUAUUGUGGUUGUCGCGAUGUCUGAGAAGGAGUCCCUGGACCAGCUUCUGCAUCGCUUUCUGUCUCAGAAAGCCACCACGGGCUUCCGUGUCGCAGCAGAUCCGCAGGGCAACCCGGUGCUUGUGCGCGUGGGGAGCGAUGGCACCUGCGAUUUGCUUUGGGUCAAGAGCGGGACCUGGGGUCUGCACCUCGAUGGAAAAAGGUACGGUGGAAGCAAAGCCGAAGAGCUCCGAAUCGUUCGGGAGCUGUAUGGAGAGGUGCAGCAGCAGGCGGCCCGGGGCGCUUGCCAAGCGGAGGCGGACAGCUUGGAGGAGGACUUGCUGAGGAGAAUGGAGGAGCCCCUGGAAGACACUCCCCAAGCGAGGCUCUAA